UUUUUUCUACUCUUUUUAAUCGUGGUCCAAUUUCGGGCUUCUGACGUUAUUGCUUUGGCCAGGUGGGCUUUGGCUUUCCAAGUAGUUCUUUCUUUCUCUUUUUCUGACAGCAGAGGAUAUCUCAGGUGUUCCUGUUACAAAGGCAUUAGAUUUAGACGAGCUCUCUUCAUGCUUGAGUUUUGUGCUCGUCGUCGUGGCCAUUACAAUUUGCUUGCGCAUUAAGAAGUGAAUCAAAGCAGCAGCAUCUCAUAUCACCUACGAUGUAUUAAUGACAACACUCUAUUUUGUUUCCUCUGUAUAGCUACUUCUACAAGUUAGGACGUCAUAUAUUACAUCGUCCGUUCCUCCUACUUGUCUUUUUACCAAAAGAUGAAGGGUGUUGUCCUUCCCAAAAACGACAACACGGCGAGCCCGAAGAUGAAAAGUGUCGUUCGUCCCAAUUACGAUAAGUAUCAGGCGGUCAAAGAGGCUGAGCGCAAGGCUGCAGAAGAGGCGGAGGCUGCACGGGUCGCAGCGGAGGAGGCCGAAAGGGAGGCGGCAGCGGCGGCAGAGGAGCAACAAGAAAAGGCCGCUGACGAGCAGAAGCGGAAAGACCAACCCACAGCUAGUCACGCGACUUAUUCUACGAGCGACGUGAAGUACGGAUUCGGACACGUGACGAAGGCGCGUGAAAAAGAGCUGAAGGUAGACCUGCCCCCAAGCGUGGGAGACUAUGCUCAGAAACGCGAAGCCUUCGCGAAAGGGCUGCAGACGUCGGGUGUCUUUCCGACCGCGCACCGCAACUUCUACAGCGGCAGAGGAUUUGAAACGGAAACGAGGGCACACAAAGACCUGAAGGAUUACGACGGAUCUAACUUUCGUGGACGUGAGCAACUCGAAGCUGCAAAGCAGGCGAAGAAGAAGAAGCAACCGUCCUCCAAUCUGAUCUUUGAGACCGACGAGAGCGGAAGGAUCAGCGUUGCACCGGGACAGAAGAUUGGCAAGCAGAUGAAGGAAGCGGAUGCCGCAGCAGUGGACUGGAGUAUUGGCGUAAACAGUGAGGGCGCCGCGACCGUGUCCGCGGAGGGCCGCGCCAACUUGAUCAAGAAUACAGCAUUGGCGUUGAACCCAAACGGAUUUCCCUUCUGGCUGCAUCUUCAGCGCGUGGUCACCACGUUCGUGGCUACGCGUGAGUCGACGUCAACGGACGAAUUGGUAUCGGCGCUGCUUACUUACGCCGGCGAGCUGGACGAGCAGGCUGUGGAGCUGACUGGAAUAAAGGGCUAUGCGCAGGUGGUGCGCAAGCGGAUUCCCGAAAUUCGGAGUCUCUGCGAGCGUAAGGAAGCAGUGGACAACGCCUUUCUCUGGAUCCAGAAGUAUGCGAAGCAUGAGGUAGAAGCAGGAGCCGGAGAGUACCCGCUGCCGAGCGGAAAAAUCCGUGGCUUCGCCAAGAAGUACGACGACCAAGCGGAAGAGGCAGAGAUGAGAAUCCGAAAGGAAAACGAGGAGAGAGAGAAGCUGCUGCGGAAUCACGCGGAAAACGAAAUCAAAAGGCGUCAAGCUGAAGUGGCAGCCAAGAACGCAGAGGAAGCGGAAAUACUCGGUAUUGCGGAAGAAGAACAAAAAGCACUAGAAGCUUUUCUCGUGAAACAGCGCGCUCAAAUGGAAAAGGACCUGCGCACGCGCCGCCGAGCGGGGUCGCAGGCUGCCGAACGGUACAUGGGUGAGCUCAUGCUCACAUCUUGUGGAGACAAAGAAGAUUUUGACAAGGAUAGGAGCCGUGGUUACACCAAAUAUUUAGACGCGCUCCGAAACUAUGCCACGGACCGCGCGACCUCAAGUGACGGACCCGCGGUCGAGAUCACGGCGUUGACGCAAGAAGUACUGGAAACAGCGCAAAAACUAGACCAGAUUGCUACUGCAAAAGGCCAACCGACUGGGUUUGUAGAAGCAGCAAAGCGGGACGGCGGAAAAAAUUUCGAGAAAAUGAUGUCCGAAGUCAUAGAAAUUGCAGCUGCAGUACAAACCAAGGCACCGGCAAAUAAAAGAAGGACGAACAAGGUGUCAAAAUCAAUAGUGCCUCCUCGAAAUAUACCAGAGGCGGAGGCGACGGCGGGGUCCCCGUCAACCUCUGCUCCUGUGAAACCAGAUGGAGCAGACGCUACGACAACGCCCACGUACGACCCAGACACUCACCUAGCAAUAAGACACCCAUCUUUGUACAAGAUGGUGGACUUCCACGCGAAAGCGAAGGAAUCACUAGAGGAGGCGAAGAAAUACAAACCUCCAAAGAAAGAGAUUGUUAUAGAAUUCGGGGAUUCGGAUGAUUAUUGAGUAAAAUGAAUUGCUGAGUUCUAGCUACUAGGCUUAGUGCUGUCUGCAAGAUCGGCGGCUUAUUGCAUAUUUAAUAUUUUUAUUACAUCUUCUUUCUACUACUUUUCUCGAGUUGGAGUUGAUGAUGGAUCGUCUAAGUUUUCAGCGAACAGUAUGAAUGUAGCAACAUGUUAAGGAUCUGAGACAAGAAAGCGCGAAAUAGAAAAACAUAGUAUGUGGAAUAUGACUGAGUCGUCCUCGUCCUAUACUCAUGAUGCAAAAAGUUCUGCAUAUUUUUUCAAUUAUCAUCAAAUAGAAAUACAACUGAUAGAUCAACCUGACACGACCCAACGACAAGCCCCCUAAAUCUUCUCAUUAUCACGCCGCACGUGAAGAUCAACGAAGUACGUACUGCAACCUCUAGAUGCAGAUGCGGGAUGUAUUGGCGAGUGGUUUUCUAGCUCCAUUUCUUUGUGAUGACGCAUCAUGUCCAUCACGAUCCGGCAAACAGGGAGAAUUGGGCAGGUAUUAGUGACUAGACGCUGACAGCAUCUAUCCUUUACAACUGUGGAUACUCAGAUAGCGUUGUGUGCUGCAGAAGAAGAAGCGUAUGCAUAGCCAGCUGAU